CGAGCUGUCUCAGACCUCGGAGACCGUUAGCUCCGGGGCCCGGAGGGGACUGCUGAGGAGUUUUCUGGGCCGCGGCUGAACGCUGUGGGAGCCAGCCGGGAUGGAGACGAUGCGGGCGCAGCGAUUGCAGCCCGGAGUGGGCGGCGGCGGGAUGGGCACUCUGCGAGCUCUUCGACCCGGAGUGACCGGGGCCGCCGCGGCAGCCGCCAGUCCCCCGGGGGGCCCCCAGCCGGCGCCGCCGCCGCCGGCCCCCCCGCCGCCCCCUCUGCUGCUGUCCGGGGCUGCGGGGCUCCCCUUGCCCCCCGGCGCCACGGGCAGCCCCGCCGUGCUGCGCGAGGCCGUGGAGGCCGUGGUGAGGAGCUUCGCCAAGCACACGCAGGGCUACGGCCGGGUGAAUGUGGUGGAGGCUCUGCAGGAAUUUUGGCAGAUGAAGCAGUCCCGUGGAGCUGACCUGAAGAAUGGGGCUCUAGUGGUUUAUGAGAUGGUGCCCUCCAACAGCCCUCCGUAUGUCUGUUAUGUCACUCUACCUGGAGGAAGUUGCUUUGGUAGUUUCCAGUUCUGCCCAACAAAAGCUGAGGCCCGUCGGAGUGCUGCAAAGAUUGCGCUAAUGAACUCUGUGUUUAACGAGCAUCCCUCCCGAAGAAUCACAGAUGACUUCAUUGAGAAGAGUGUCUCAGAGGCCCUGGCAUCUUUCAAUGGCAACAGGGAAGAGGCUGACAACCCCAACACAGGGAUUGGUGCCUUCCGCUUCAUGCUGGAGUCCAACAAGGGCAAGUCUAUGCUGGAAUUCCAGGAGCUGAUGACAGUUUUCCAACUGUUGCAUUGGAAUGGUAGCUUGAAAGCCAUGAGGGAGAGACAGUGUUCUCGACAGGAGGUGCUGGCUCACUACUCACACAGAGCCCUGGAUGAUGAUAUUCGCCACCAGAUGGCACUGGACUGGGUAAGCCGGGAGCAGGGUGUGCCAGGAGCACUUUCCAGAGAGCUGGCAUCCACUGAGAGGGAGCUGGAUGAGGCCCGGCUGGCUGGCAAAGAGCUACGCUUCCACAAGGAGAAGAAGGACAUUCUCAUGCUGGCCGCUGGGCAACUGGGCACCAUGCACUCUUCUAAUUGCUAGACACUCCCAUCCCUACCACACCUCUCCAAGCCUCUGUUUGCACAUCUAUUUUCUAAGACUUGGAAAGAUUUCUGUACAGACUUACUCAUUUUUUACACUUUAAAAAAUACUAAAUCUAGGUCUGGUUUCCUGUCUGUCUAGGAAAACCAUUUUCUUCUUUCCUAAUCUUUCCUACAAUUGUUUCAUUUGAAAUAUAUUCCCCACUCUACAUGGAGGUGUCUAGGGGCUGCCUAUGGACAUCUAUGGACUCUCAUACCACCGAGUUCUCAGAUUUACUGAAAAGAAGUUCUCUAAGAGUACAAAGUGCUUCUGAAGCUUCUGGUUGGCUUGUUUGGUACGGAGACCUCUGUCUGCCUUUGAAAAACAGCCAACUUGAGUAAGAGCUUUCAGCCCAAGCUCCCUGUCCUAUCCCAGCUCCAUUUCCUACUUCCCCUUUGAAUUAAACAGGGUACAUAAGAGUAUGAAGCUUCAGGCUUUGGAUUGCCUUGACUAGGACCUCUUCAAGACCUAGUCAUUCCUAUCACAUCCUGCCAUGCCACUUUAUUCUGAGGUCCCCUCACAUUCUAGCUCAGGACAGGGAUGCCUAACAUCUUGCACUUAGUUGUCCCCUGAGAAGCUGGUGGGAAAAAAGGCCAAGGGAGAUGAGCAGUGAUCCUAAGUAUAACUUGGGGGUCUUCACCAAUCCAAGAUGCUACCAGGAUGUAUCUGUACUAUUCCAACAACCCAGAUUUUUUGAUACAGUUCACACUACAGAGCUGGGUGGUAGAUUCUGAAAUUUGUUUCUCUUCCUCUCCCUCCCCCUUCCCUUUUGAUUUACAACCAAUGCUGGCUUAGGGCCUUUUUGCUCCCUGGAGACAAUGCAACUUGUAUGUUGAAUGAAACACAUACCUAUGAUAUCUAUUCCUCCCAUCACUUUGCUCCUUAGAAAGGAUAUGUUUUUACCUGUGGAGGACUUUCCUUCUUCCCCUAAAUAGCUGCUGUUUUACCUACUGACAGAAGCUACUGACCAGUUAUCAUAGUAGUAGUAGUUGCACACAUUUAUAUGAUGCUUUAAAGUUUAUGAAGCAUUUUCCUUACAAUCCUUUAAGGUAGGUAGCGUAAGUAGUAAUAUCCCCAUUUUUUUGAAUGAAGAAAUCGAGGCUCAGAGUUGGAGCUGGAAUUGGAACCCAUGUUUGAAGUCCAGGGCUGUUGUUGCCUGUCUAUAUCAUAUUGCCUCUUAGCAGGACUCAGAUUUCUUUCUCUUCUUUUCAGUUAACCCAUGAAUGAGUUGUUCAGUAAACUGUUCUGGACACUUCUCUGGUUGGAUUUCCUUUCUGGAAUGUUUGGGGAAGAGAUCCAGGACCAACUGCCUGUCUCUAAAAUUCUAAUUUUGUUUCUUUUCACUAGGGAGUGAGUUCCCUUACCUCAUUCUUCCUUGAGGAGGGAUUUUCUGAAAUAGCACUAAAGAAUUAUCCCUGUGGCCUGGAGGUUUCUCUAAAAUAUAUUUCUGAUUUGCUUCUACAACCUCCUUUACACUAAUGUAUAUUACUUUGAAUGCACUUUCUAAAUUGGGCUUGGGGAAUCAUCUUGUUUUGCAGCUGUUUUCUGUGAUUGGUUUUCCAUGAUUGGUUUGCUUAGCCAUAAUCUUCACUUUUAGGAAAUUUAGGCAAUGUGGCCCAACUUCCUUCUUUAGGUGGGAUGAGCAACUCUUUUUACUUGGGAAUUGUCUAGGUAACCCUACAUAUAGGCUCAAAGGUACAGAUGAUAGUAACAACUUCACUAGUACCUAGAAUGUACUAUUCACUAGUACCCUCACUCUUGAGGUCCUGUCCUCCUCUCCAAAUAAAGGGCUCCUACUCCAGAUUAGGUUGGAGAUGUGAUUGCCUCUAGUUAUUUCAUUUGGUAUUUGAAACCCCAAAUCACUUGUGCCCUCAUCUGGGUACCUCUUUUCUUCUUAUUCCUCUCUCCCUGGGAAAGAAUAGGGAGCUGGUCCCUGCAUCUGCCACAAACUGGUGGUCUUUGUCUCAUUUACUAGUUAGAUCCCAAUGAGUUUGAGACAGUGCUCAUGCUGCCCAUCUUCAGUUUUAUGUGUCAUAACUUUUACUACUUUCUAUGUAUUUUGUAUGCACACUUUUAUACAAUUAAAAAUCAGUUUUCUGUA